UCAGCUCUCAAAGUUCAUUAUUUUAUGAGCCGUAUGGUUUAAUUGUUCAAACGCACCAUCGAAGGCUGCGAUCAGCCCAAGGCUAAAACCAUGUCGUAGCGAAAGUGGUUCGAUUAAUGUUUCUUCAGAAAAGGAGACGGAUCGAUAGCUCUGAUGCGAUUCCCGCCAAAUUCUGCACAGGCGCAAAGUCUAACAGCCACCAAUGUCCCUUCCUCCGGCUCUUCUCCCCCAACUGCGAAAUCUUGUUGCGAAGUUGAAAUGAAGAGAACUCAACUGUUCAAACGCACCAUCCGGGCGAAGAAGACGACUCGAUCGAAGGAGAGCGAAGACGAUGCACCGAAGCUUACGCGUUCAAAAAUCACCACGGCGAUCAGAGCCCAACCCCUACCCAAAAAUCUUCAUUUCCCAGUUGCAAACUCACAUCUCACCUUCCGCAGCUCCUCUAUCCUGAGUCCUGAUUUCUUCCAAAUCGACGCCCUAGACCUCGCGCCCCGUCUCCUCGGAAAGUUCCUCCGGCGAGAUGACGUCGUUCUUCAGAUUACGGAGGUGGAGGCUUAUAGACCAAAUGACACGGCUUGUCACGGCCGAUUCGGUAUUACAGCAAGAACAGCUCCAGUUUUUGGACCAGGAGGGCAUGCCUAUGUUUAUCUUUGCUAUGGUCUCCAUACAAUGCUUAAUGUUGUAGCAGACAAGGAAGGAGUAGGCGCUGCGGUGUUAAUACGAUCUUGCGCUCCUGUAAGCGGGUUAGAUACGAUUCAGCAGAGACGAGGACAGAAGACUGAUAAACCUGUUCUUCUCACUGGGCCAGGGAAGGUUGGUCAAGCAUUGGGAAUUUCAACAGAAUGGUCAAGUCAUCCCUUGUACACUCCAGGCGGUUUAGAAGUUUUAGAUGGACCCGAACCAGAGAACAUACUGAUUGGUCCUCGUGUUGGUAUUGAAUAUGCUGCACCUGAGCAUGUUAGUGCAUUGUGGAGGUUUGCCAUUGCUGGUAGUCCCUGGAUAAGUGCCCCUAAGAGCACUCUCAGACCACCCUGAUCUGACAUUUAGGCACUGAGGGACUUCCUGAGAUGGAGGAACAGGAAAAGGAAAACAAGGAGAAGAUAAAAAUGGUUACAGAUAUGAAGGCAAAAGGAAAAUAUUGCAGCCUCUACAUAAGUCCACUGUUUUAGAAAUAUAACAUGUAUAUUCUACAGGUUAAUUUCCAGUCUAAAUAGAAUAGAGAAUGGAAUAUGGAGUUUUCAUCAAGGAUGAAAUCUUAAGGAUGGCAUUCUCAAGUUUUUUGUACAAAAGCAACUUCAUAUUGUCAAUGUGAUCUAAUAGCCAAUGGCUUGGAUAUGUCAGUCAACCAUGCUUUUGUGGUUU